UCAUUUCAUUGUCCAUCACAGCAAGCGCUCCAGACUCUACCCGUGAGCAGAGGCUCUAGCAGAGAUUUCUAUGUGAAGCACGCUGUCAUCGGGCUAGGCGGGUGGAUGCCCCACAUGUAGGAGCAGCAAUCAACCCAAUAUCUGAGGACAAAACACCGUUUGUUAUGAGUGAAUGCGUCGGUGAAAAGCUACACAAACAUUGUGGGAUCUUAUGACAUACGCUGGUAAUCAGAUACAGGCCUGAAUAAUAUAAUUGGACGCAUGCAUAGAAAUCGUGGAUCAUUUGGAAGAAAUUGCACUGAAACGAUGAGUUGCAGAUGGGGGACAGAGCUGUGGGACCAGUUUGACAACUUGGAAAAGCACACCCACUGGGGCAUUGAGUUUGUGGAGAGGUAUACAAAGUUUGUUAAGGAGAGAUCUGAAAUUGAAAUCAGCUAUGCAAAACAAAUCAGAAACCUCUCUAAAAAAUAUCAGCCUAAGAAAAACUCAAGAGAGGAAGACGAAUACAAGUAUACAUCCUGUCGGGCCUUCCUGAUGACCCUGAAUGAGCUGAACGACUAUGCCGGACAACACGAGGUCAUCGCUGAGAAUCUCACCACUCAUAUCAUCUGUGAGCUGACACGCUAUAUCCAGGAGCUGAAAGCAGAGAGGAAAUCGCAUUUCCAUGAUGGCCGCAGAGCUCAGCAACACAUUGAGAAUUCUUGGAAACAACUGGAAUCCAGUAAACGGAGAUUUGAGAGAGACUGCAAGGAGGCGGACCGAGCCCAGCAGUACUUUGACAAGAUUGAUGCUGACAUCAAUGUGACCAAAGCAGACGUCGAAAAACGGUGCUCUCUCAAGGCCAGACAGCAGGCCCAGUUGAAACACCAAGUGGCAGAGGACAGCAAGAAUGAAUACCUCACCUACCUGCAGAAGUUUAACAAGGAGCAGAAUGAACAUUAUUAUAGCCUUAUACCUCACAUCUUUCAGAAAAUACAGGAGAUGGAGGAGAAAAGGAUCGAGAAAGUGGGCGAGUCUAUGAAGACUUACGCAGAGGUCAAUCGGAAAGUGUUACCUAUUGUUAGCAAAUGUUUAGAUGGCAUGACCAAUGCAGCAGCAUCCAUCGAGCCAACAAUGGAUACCAAGCAGGUGGUGGAAUCCUUCAAGUCUGGCUUCGAGCCACCUGGCGACGUAGAAGUUGAGGACUAUAGUCUCUCUAUGAGGCGGACCGUGUCAGAGUCCAGCUAUCUGAACUCGCGGGGGGAGGGCAAGCCCAGCCGCAGCAACAGCAGGGGCAAACUAUGGCCUUUCAAGAGAAACAAGCUCAUGUCUUUGUUAGCUUCCCCACGCCAACCACCUCCUCCCCCCCCUACCUCCCCAUCACCCGGUGCCGUGCCCAACGGCCCCCAGUCUCCCCAGCAGCCCAAGGAGCCCCUCUCCCACCGCCUCAAUGAGUUCAUGACCUCCAAACAUAAAAUGCAAUGUUUAAGGAGUCUGACACGCGGGCUUUCUCUCAAGCUGGGUUCUGGCCCUGAAGAUUGUAGUCACCUGCCUCCUGAACAGAGGAGAAAGAAGCUCCAGGCCAAAAUCAAUGACAUCAACAAGGAGCUACAAAAAGAGGUGGAUCAGAGGGAUGCUCUGACUAAAAUGAAGGACGUGUACGUAAAGAACCCACACAUGGGGGACCCCGACAGCGUGGACCCACGAUUAGAGGAGAUCGGACAAGAUAUUGACAAGUUAGAACUGGAUUCAAGGAAAUAUGAAGCCUGGCUGCUGGAGGUGGAGACAAGGUUAGCAGAAAAGAGUGACCCACACAGACGACAAAGUGGAUUGUACGACUCCAACGCUACUACACCUGUCAACAACAACUGUGCACCUGUCAAUCGAGAGAGCCCGGACGGCAGCUAUACAGAGGAUCAUAGCACAGAGCAUCACCUCAAAUCUCGGAGCACCGACUUUGAUGAUGACUUUGAUGACGAGGACCCACUCCCCACUAUCGGAACCUGUAAAUCGCUCUACCCUUUCGAAGGUCAGAACGAAGGCACCAUUUCCAUGGCCGAGGGGGAGCUGCUGUAUGUCAUCGAGGAGGAUAAGGGUGACGGGUGGACGCGGGUGCGCAGGAACGAGGAUGAAGAGGGAUACGUACCCACAUCUUACAUCAAGGUCUUUUUCGACACAAAUGCCAAAGGUGCUAUGACAUACAUAUAAUUGUCAUUUUAUGAGAUGGGCAAUGGGUGGACAAACAUAUACAAAAAUCUCUUUGACAUUUCAACCCCCAUGAAGUUUCCGAAAUAUCCCAAGAAUAAUUUUGGAGACGGAACUCGCAGAACAACGGACUGUAUUUACAUUUGUACUUGUGCUUUUUACCUUCUACCAUCUGGCACCCGUUCAAACUCAUUUUGGAGAAGUCUUUGUUUGUGUGUAUGAACAGGGUUGGAUGUGAUAAGUUGUCAGAACCAACUCGACACCGCUGUCGAUAUCAGCUACACCUUGCUUCUAGCACUAAUAGUAAUAACCAAAUGUCAAUUUCUUGAUUUAUUUGACCAACAAAUUUAGAUAUGUACAGUACGGUUUCUCAUAUUAGAAAGCAUUGCAUCUAAACAUAUCAAUUCCUCUUUGGAAUAGCUAUUAUUGCAUGCCUAAAGACAGACUCAUGGUAUGCAGGUUAUGCUCUUCCAGCCUCCACUGCGUUGCAUGCACAGUACAUAGUAUAUCUGCGCUUGAGCAGCGACCAUCAUUGCUGUAAGCUUGCGAAGCAGAGAGGCAAACUAAAUCAGCUGUUGCAUGUGGACAUGUUUCAAAGUAUCAAAGAGAGGACAUGCCUUUUUACAGAGUAAAGCAAAAAAACAAUGUGAUAGUUAGAAAAGGACACUGCUUGCACGUUGUCUUGAUUAGCAAUAGUACGACAUACGAGUGUAUUCCCUUCUACAAGCUGUUGGCCCUCCUCCAAAAUCUGACAAAGGGGCUUCAUUGAAGCGCCUAAACUACUGAAUGUCGCGCUAAGUUUACAGUUGUGUUCUCGAACAGAUAGACACUCAUUUCAUUCUGAGACGCAUGGUGAUGCACCCGCCAUUCCAUCAUUGGCAUGAUAUUGAUUUAUUGUUUUAUAAUGAUCAAUCUAUCCCUGCUUUAUUUGAUACUGAGUUGUUCUGCAUGCUUGAACCAAUUGAUAAGACAAAUUAAGUCAAAUCAGAUGAGCAUAGUAUUGUAACCAGGUAGUAUUUCUGUUUUGAAAAUGAUUAACACAUGUAACCUCGAGUUUUCUGUCUUUAAUUUGCCAUUGACGUUCAGAAUCACGCUCUCGAGCAGCAUAGACUCGACUGUAUGCACACGUAAUCUGCCAGGAUGAUUGUCAGAAUGUGCAGGAAUGUCAUGGAUUUACUUUCGCUUCUCUUAAUGCAUCACCACUAACAUGUCUUGUGUGAUUUUUGUUUGUUUGUUUGCUUUUUUGUUUGCUUUUUUCUUAUUGCAGAUUCCUAAAAGUCUUUGGCUCGCACAGGGAUGGCAGGGCACAGGUCCUUGCGAAAAAGCGCCCUCCUCUUAAAACUGUAGUCAGAGAGACGACAGACUAAAGGGACAAAGUUGCAAGGCAGUCCAAUUUGCGACCCAGUACAGAAAUCCAUUGCGGGUUUCUAUUGAAUGGAUCAAAAACAACACACAUUGCGGGGCAACCACCAUUUCUAGUCAUUUUCCUCUUGAUUGUUUCUGCAAGCUUGCUUCUUGUUUUUCUAACUGGAGAUAAGUAUCAUGUUGUGGGCUGCUUGCUGUUCUACUGUACCUUGGCCCCCAGGGGCGGUACUUGUUUCAUGGGAGAGGAGUCUGAGACAGCCUUGUUACACAUUGGUGGCUAUUCUAAAACCUGCAUUUCAAUCUAUCGUCACAACAAACUCUACACCGUAGGAAAACACUUAUGGACAAUACCGCUACACUUUGGCUGAAAUUCCAUUGGUUAAUUCCCAUGGUGAAUGAAAAAAAAGCCAUUGUGUCUGCGUCACGAAAAAGCAUGUUCACAGUAAUGUCAAUCAGACAAAACGGAAGAAAACAAAGCUCAUUAUAAGGAUACAUUUUUCUUGGUACUGGAGCAAUGUUGCUGCUUCUCCAGUUGGAUUCAACACAGUAAACGCCUCACAAUUACUGUACACACCCAUGUAUGUAUUUUGGGGUAUAUAGAUUAUAUACUGAUCACACACUGAUUGUUGGCUUGAAACACAUCUGCACAAAUUUGUUGAGCACCAAUUUGACUUUUGACUUUUAGUUGAAGUGCAUUGUGUAAUCACCUGACUGGAGCACUCAGUGCAGGUUUACAGGUUGGCAUACAAUCUGGAUGAAGAUCUCACUCCUUUGCUCUCUCCUAUUGUCUUGCAAUACGCACAUGAGUGACAGCUCCUCUCUCUGGCUACACCCCCACACAGGCAGUAGCCAUGGUGAUUGUCGCACAACUCUCUUUCUCCGUCUCUCACCCUUCUCUCUGUUCUUUUUCUGGCUACUUGUGGUGGAGGUAGCUACUCUUCGGUUGGCGCUGUGUUUCUCUACGCAUGCAUGCUUGCCCUGUCUUCUUGCCUGUGCCAGUCCUGCGGGGGGGGGGGGGGGGGGGUCUCUAUUACGUUAACUCAUCAUUUGUGGUGUGUUAUCUUCUUUCCUUCUUACCCUGUGUUUGUGCCUGUGGUUUUGUGAUUUUAUAUUUUGGGGGAUAUUAUUAUUUUGUCAAUGCAUGACCACUUUGCUUUCCCCUCGAAUUCUUGAUAUGUCCAUGCCGUUUCUCUUCCGGAGAGACACUGACAGUUUCAUAUCUCUCUUCUGUUUUUUUUUAAAACGUUUUAAAGCUUCUUUUAACCGAGGUUAAUCUGGGAGCGGCUUCUCUUUACAUUAGCUGGUUACCAACUCAAACUGACAAGUUGAAGUAUUCGUACGUCCAUUGAUAAAGAGAUGCAGUACAUAUUAGCGAACUGAAGUCUCAGUGUAUUCUGUAAGUAUUUUGUGCUUUGAAUUCACUGUGUACUGUUCCUUUGAAAACGUACCUGUAUACUGUAUAUAACUGGUGUGAAAGCAAAGUUUGUUUCUUGACCGUUGACAGUAAUGAUGUAAUUAUACUCUGGUGUGUGUGAUAUGUGAUAACUAUAUGCUAAAGCUUGGAAUUGUGUCUUCAUUUUUCAUUUAUUUUAUAGUAAAAUGAUGCCUGUUUAUUUCUUUUGAGAAGAACAAUACCUCUUUGUUACUGUUGGGCUUUGUUUCUCCUGGAAAUGUUAUCUGAAGUCUAAUAUACCAUGUUGGAGUUUGGAAAUAAAUUGAAAUAUGAAGUGGGGGGAAAAA